CGCCCGCCCAGCCCUGCGCGGGCGGGCGGGGGCGGGGUCUCCGCCGCGGUAGCUAAACGCCCCGGGGCGGGAACGAGUCCCCCCGGCUCUGCUCCCCGCUGCAGGCAGCCCCUUCGCGGGGGCUGGGGCCACGAAAUACGCCACCUCACUGUUUAAAAGCAUGUAUUUGUGCUAAUGCUGUUGGGAGAUUACUGUUUUUGCUGAACGGAGUUUUUUUCCCCCCCUCCUCUGUUUUCCCUCGUAUCUACACAGCGCUGACUUUCUCAGCCGAAGGGUCGUUAGAGGUAUUCGUGAGGUAUUUUUGGAGGAGCGGUUUUGAGUGUCUUUUUUGCCCUUUUUUAUUUAUAAUAGUUCACUUGCAGUAGAAGGCUCUUUAACUUCGUUGUUGCCAGAUGGGAUGAGAAGAGAUAAGUGUCCUGUGCUGCAAAUGGCCUCCUGUUCAACAUCUACUGUUUGCUAGCUUGGAAUCACCUUUGGUGGAAGAAAAAGGUUGAUACACCAAGUUGCUAUGUUUCUGACUUGCAGAUGUUUGACAGAGUCUAACCAUCUGAUGAAGUUUCUGCUUCUUCCACACAAGGUGGGAAUGGAAAGACAUGGUGUUGAAGGCUCUCUACAACAGGAGAGUAAUAGCAGUUUACACACAAGAGGGCAAGAACAUCCUGGGCCUGGCGUAUCCACCAUGCAAAAUAGACAAGGAUACUGCAACUGCUGCCAUGUACACUACAGUAAUCUUGAACAGCAUGUUUUCAGCUCCCAGCACAGACACUUUACCACUUACUGUAGGAAUCGUAUGGGUACCAGUAGCUUGAUGGAGCGUUUCCUGCAGGAUGUUUUGCAGCAUCAUCCCCACAGAUACCAUGACAACAGACCAACCUAUGACGACAUACCACUCCCCGUCACUCCAGAGGCUGCUAGGAAUGCUUGCCUGUCUCCAGAAGGUGUAGAGAAAAAGAAGAAUAGAAGCAGACAGGAAGCUUCCAGCAAAGACCAGGAGUCCAUUGGUGAAAUAGGAUCUUCUGCUUCAUGCCUCUCUCAUAAGGGCACAAAGGAAACUUUUGUAACACAAGCAUUUAUUCAGAAACUAGAAAAAGGACAGGAACAUAUUACAGGAAUAUCCCAGCAGUCUGUGGGCAUUUGUAGCAGUGAGAAAUGGCAUACCCUGGGAGAUACUCAAAUUGCAAAUCAUAGCCAUGAAGGCCAGUUUACAGCUGUGAGCCCAGUACCUCAACAUUUUUCUGUCAGUCCUUUAAUUCAUAGUUCUUCUGUUAAUCCUAAAAUAGUAAAAAAUGUUAGGGAUUUGGUGGCAUCAAAUAUGAUUCCAUAUAGUGGAUGUGAUAAAAAAAGAAUGGAGGUAUGCAGUAAGGAUGUGUUACUGAACCCAUGCUUGAAUCCUGCUCUGGCGCUGGUUCCCCCAAAAAGCCCUUCAGUUUCGCAUCAAAAUCCUGUGUGUCGGAAUCCUAUGUGCAGCGCCAGCAAUUCUUUAUGUAUUACCUCAGGUCAAUCUCUCUUAACACAUGAUGGUUUACAAACUCAGGGUGAAACUUUGGUGUCUGACUUCUGUCUCAGGGAUACUGUGGGUAUCAACAGCUCCCUAGAUCUUGGGACAUCCCCACAACUAGCAAGAUGCAAAAAAAUGAAGAUGAACAGAGGUGAUGAAAGUUCAGUAGAUGAAACUAUUGAAGAUGUUAUUCUGAAAUACUGCCAUGGAACUGCUUCUAAAGAACUAUCUUUCCAAGAAGAAGAGAAUAAUCCCUGUUUAACUUUUUCUUCACUUCUGGACCAUACUCAUUUAGAGGGCUCUGAAGUGAGUUUUAACUGUGAUGCACCAAUUCAGUCAGGAACAGACUUACCUAAGGCAGCUAUAAAAGAUAUAGAAUUCCUGAAAGAGGUCCAAAUAAGUUUGCAAGAUAAAGACUAUGGAACACAGCUCUCUUCUGUUUUAAAAAGUGAGUCAAUGGAGCAAAGAGAAGCAGCAAAACAGGAUGUAAUAGUUCAUACUGAAGAACCAGUUCUUCCAGCUCUGCCUCAUGUGCCUCCUUCUUUUGUGGGAAAGACUUGGUCUCAAAUAAUGUAUGAAGAUGAUAUAAAAAUUGAAGAACUUGUGCGUGAUUUCAGGGAAGGUCGUUUUCGCUGCUACUUUGACAGUGAAUCCUCAGCCAAAUGUGCAGGGAAGAGAGUGAAGAAGAAAAAGCAGAAAGAUGAAAAAAAGAAUGAUAUUGUUGAGGGUAAUAGAACAGAAAGUGCAUCAGUUAAAGCACUGCCAGAAUUCAAUAAUGCUUUAAGCGGUGGCUCUGAUUUUGAUAACCCAUCUUUAGCCUCAGAUACGCUAUGCAACCCACAAAUUCUUAAAACGCCUAGGAAAAGGACAUGGCGCCUGGCUUCAAGAUGCCAGGUGGUUAAAGUCAGCCAUGGCACCCAAACAAGUCUAGUCAACUACCCUGCAGCAAAAAGAAAAAUGACUAGAAGAGAACCUGAUCCAGCUGAUCAAAAAGCAAACGUUGUGUGGCCGGAGAAUGAAAAUACUCCAAACAUGAAAACUAGGCUAUGUGCCCUUAAACUUCCUGAGUCUUAUAGCAAGAUUAUGAGCCCUGUACAGCCCAAGACAGUGGUCUAUGUGCUUUCAUGUCCAGAGAUUAAACAGUGUAAAGGUAAACCUGCAGAUAUUCCCAAAAUGAGGAGAAAUUGCAACUCCACAGAUAGCAAGGACUCUAUAAGGUAUAAAUAUAAACAGUGUUCUUUCAAGUAUUAUGACCCACUGACAAAUCGAAUUCUGAAAACACCUCCUAAGAGUACAGGUGGAGAAAAGGCCAAAAAGCCCUCCCAUGUUCGACAGCUUUUCAGAAGUCUCAGCUUUGAUGCAAACAUGAGGAAACUAGCUGAUUCACAGAGAGAGGGCAUGCCAUCAAAAUCCCUUAAUUGGUCAGACUUCAAUAAUUCAUCUUCAGUAUCUUUCCUGCCAGACCCAGGUAAAGGGAAUGAUAUAGCCUCAAGUCAAAAGACAGAUGGAUCUUCUGUUUCUACAGAAAGAUCAGAUUGUCUGGUAUCUGGUCACUCUGAGAACUCUUUUAAACACCUGGCCGUUUCACCUUUGAACUCUCACCAGUCUCAGGUGGAAGCAGAUGGUAGAUUAACUCCAUUCAAUGGUAGAGCUGCUAAAACCACUUUGACUUCGAUCAGGAGUGAGCGAUUAGAGAGAGAGAAUCCAAAGGCAAGAUGGAAGAGAAAAGAAGGCCCUAAUAAAGAACCAAGUUUUUCCAAAAAGGCUGCAGGACCUAUGUCUGUCAGAGGUACUGUUGGGAGGAGAGGAAGCAGAGUAAACCCAGGCAAACAAACUUCUAGAACUAAAAAACAGCAAAAAGAGGGGAUAAGAAGGAAACUCCCUCCUCGUGCCCAGAAAUCUUCUGCCUUCUCCAUCUGUAGGCACCAGACAAAGAAGGCUACAGUGGGAAAGCACCUUAAGAAAGAAAAGUCUGAUGCUAAAAAAUUGAAAGUAAGGAGGAAACCGAAGAGGACCUUUGUGAACUCAACAGUCAUCACAGGGAUUCCUGAAAAGCAUCAGAAAGUCGCAUCGGGAUCCUUUCCGAAGAAGCCAGAGCAAACUUCUUCCAAAAUAAGGAGCUGGGAGGUAAGUGGAGAUAGGGGUCACCCUAGCACCGCAAACCGAGCCUCUAGAAGAGCCUCUGCUGUACCGUUACUUCGAAACUGUCUUGUCCUACCAGGUGAGAGCUAGCUGCCAAAACAGUGACUCUUUUAUAUAGCCAGCGCCUGGAAUUGAGAAAGAGGAAAGGGGAAAAAAGGUGAUCAUGGGAAAAGCAGCUGAAGUGCUAGAGCUGCCGAAAGUGCAAAGCCAGUCUAAUGUGAAACAAGUACAACUGUAAACUAAGCGCUUGUUCUUGUAAUGUGGGCACAUUACAUAUUGCACUGUUCUACUGUGUAAAGCUGCAGAAGUUGUGUCUUUGCGUUAAAAGCACUUAGAACCCUAUUUACAAGACUUCACCUAUACAUCUGAAAAAUGACAAGCUUGAAUGGUAUCAUAUUGGUUUUUAUGAUAUUACCAGUGCAUAAUAGUGCACUAUAUAAUAGGGUGAAUUAGGAGCUGUAUUAAUUAGUUGUGCCUAUUCUCAUUUUUCCACCUACUUCUAAAGUUCAUAAAAUGACUCAGUUAUUAUGCUCAAAAUUAAAUGAAGAUGUACUAAUCUGGGGUGAAUUAUGUAUGCAUUUUGUGUUUGUGUAUAUGCACACCUCAUUCAACACAUGAUAUAUCAUAUACUUCCUAUGGAGUGGCACUGAAAUGAAUGCAGUAUGAUACAAUUCAGAUCAAUUCAAUGCUUUCUUCAAAAAUACAUAAUUGUACAUGUCUUUAUAUAGACUCUUUCUUUUUUUUUCCUGAAACGUUGUCCAAAUCAGUUAUUUUGGACAAGACAAAGUCACUGUGGGCUUUCGUCAAGCAAUAAUGGACCAUGCUGGUAAGGAAAUAUCUCUCCAGGGUACUGUUCAAAUGGCGGUGGCUAUAAUGAAAUCUCAAAUUCCAACAGAAAUAUAGGAUUAGGGGUUUUUUAAUAGUUUAUUGAUUCAGUUUACCUAUAAACUUCAAUCCCUCAGUGGGGGGAAGGAAAAGUUAUGAUAUGAACAAAUAGCAGUGAGUUGUUCUAGAAUUUCAACCUUAAGUUUGAGUUCCUAAGCUUUUUUGGAUUUCAUUGGGUGUAUUGUCUACGUUUUUGUGUACUAUUGUUGAAUUUUUUUCUUCUUAAAAGCUCGGUAAAAUAUUUAAAUAAAAUCCAACACAAAGCAAAAUCCACCUAAACUUAAAGUUUACAUGUUUAAAUAUCUGUUUAAAACACUUAGCUGAAUUUAAAAAAAAAAAUUCCAUACAAAUUCAUGUUUGGCCAUGGAUGGUCUAACUACUAUGAUGAUACCUAUGGCACAAAAGACCAUAGUUUUUAUUUGAGAGCUAUUAUGAUGACAGCCUAUUUUAUUAAGGUGUGUUUAAGAGACAUAAGCACCAGUCUUGCAGAUGUUUCUGUACUUUAAACUCAAGAUUAACUAUUCACUUGUACUGAGUUAAGCACGUAGCUAAACAUCAGAAUUGGGGCUCUGGUUUGUAAAUCUACAAUGGGGAAUAUUAUAUACAUCUGUCCUGUUUUAAAGGUCUUUGUGGAUUCUAUACACAUACAAUAAAUCUUUCAGAAUGUAAGAAUAAUGUAUGAAAGACAAGACCAGUUUGCUCUCUCUGCCAUUGCAUGGCAUAUGUGUGCAUUUGCAACAAAGAAAGACAACAAAAACAAACAAACAAACAAACCCCCCACAAAUUUUGAUUCAUUUUCUGAUGUGUCCAGGGUCAUGAGUUUGGACUGGGAUAAUAGUGGACUUUAAAAAUGUUGUGGGUUUAGAUAUAAUAUCUGAAGUAAAUAUAAAAGCUGUCAUCAUAAAACACUCAUAGUUUAAAAAAUGUUUUGGGUAAAUUCUUGAUGCAUGUGCAUAUUUCCCAUGAUAAAUAUGAUGUGCAUGUACUUAAACCAGCUGGAAACAAAAUUACUUUACAAGUCAAAUUUAGCCUGACGGGUUUUUUUAAUAAUUUUGAAAUGUUGAUUUCCAUGAUGUAUUUUCCAUAUGAUUGUCAGUUGACACAAUCUUAUGAGCGUAUUGUAAGUCACUGGAAAGAAAACAAAGGGUUAUAAUAUGAGUUCUUAUAAUCCUCUUAACUAACUGUGCCUGUAUAAUUUAAUAUUUUGUCUAAUAUAAAAUUGAUUUUUAAGCAAAAUUUUAAAGGAAUAUUUUUUACAGAAAGGCUAGUUUUUAGAUUAAAAUUUUAAAGCAAAAACAGAUUUUUAAGAAACUUUUAUGUUUUAAAGCAAAGCUUUAAAUUAACUACAUAUCUAUGUCCCAUUCUAACAUUUUUAUGAUAUGAGAAAGUUUUCCUAUCUUCCCAUGUUUCCUAACUUCUUCCAGCUUGUUUUCCACAGAAUUGUACAGAUGAAGAGCAUGGAUAGUUUUGUCUGUGAAUAAGAUUUGAUGCACAUUCUGCUUUAAGAACACUAGUGCACAUUUGUUUACAGUCAAAAAUACUGUUCUCAAUACUCGUUUAUUGCAAGGUUGUGUUCCUCCAGCACACAGCUUUUUGUUGAAACUAUGUAUCUUGAGGACAAAAUAGUGACUAAUUUUUUUAGCCUGUAAUGUCUUUUUUUCUUUUGUAAAUAAUAGGCCCCUCCAUCUGGGUGGGUUGGUUUUUUAAAGAAAAAUGUAUUAUAUUUAAAUAAGAGUAUAAGUAGCUAUAUAUUUUCCUUAAAGUAUGAAAUCUAACAACUUUUUUUAUUUUUAUUUUUAAAGAAUAAGAUUUGGGGUACAAGUCUGGAAACACUUUUGUGCUUGACAAUGUCAAAAUAAGAUUUACUGUAUUUUCAGAUUUUAUUAUAUGCCUCACUUCUGACUGUUAAAAACCUCUUGUAUGCAUGCUCAAUGAAUGUGAAAGAAAAGGGAGACUGAUAUUAAAAGUAAAUGCAGAAACUGGCUUGGAAAGAGAACUGAUGAAGAUACGUGCAAAAAAUUGCAGAGACUCAAAAAAAAAAAUCAUGUGUGAGAAGGAAGAAAGAAGCUUUCUGUGGUCCUGAGGAAUUAGUCAGACACUUCCCUAUUAAAUAAAUGCUCUACAUUCUGCUACCAUUAUUAAACAGCACAUUAUUUCAUUAGCAGCAUGGCUGAAAUUUCAAAACAUGGGUAAUGACUGUGGAGACUACAGCAAUAGAAAACUUGAGAGCUGAAAUACUUUCUUACUGAGGUUGAUGGGAGAGGGUUUUCUUGACACCAGUGGACAAAGAUGUUUGCCAGUGUAUUAGUAUGUCUUAAAGCAGAGAAAGAUAACUGGAUUAGAAAGGAACAAAGUCAUGCUUUUAGGAUCUAGUUGGUGACAGUUGGACACAGAGUAUUUUGCAGCAGUUGAGAAAAUUGUUGCAACCGUUUCUUAAUUUAUGCAUAUGUAGUUUUGACCAUCCAUAAAUUAGGUUUUUUUAUACAUUUCAAAAUUUAAAAAAGUCUCUUUCCCCACAGAGUACUCAUUCAAUCAUUUAAAAUAAUCUCAUACUAAGCGGCUUUUUUUAUUUACUUGUACACCUUGUGUGAACCAGACUCUUACUGUGCCAGAUGCUGAACAAACACAGAAUAACAUGUCCCCAAAAGUUUACGUGUCUAACACUUGCACCUAGCAGUUCUUCAGUUCUUUUUCUAACGGGCUUUUUUGCUUUAUAGUGCUCUCUUACAAUUUUUGCAUCUGAUGUUCUCUUGGUUGUAGUAUCAAAGUGCUCCUCUUUGGGACUCAGAUUCAACAAGGUAUUUAACUGUAUUUAUAAUGAGACUAUGACUUAAUCUGAAGUUGUACUUAAGUUUCAUGCUGAAUUUGUGCCCAAAUGAGAAUACAUGUCAUUGUGAUUUUUCGUGUUCUAACAUGUGGUAAUGUAUUUUGAAAUAUUGCCUGCUGUUGUAUUUUUUUUACCUUCUUCUGUCUCUACUGUCUGUAGUCAUUUAAUAUAAUAUGAGUUUGUAAUAACACAGUGAUAUUACAAGCUUGUCCAAUGCUACUGCUAGAUGUUUUUCUAUUGUAUCCUCAGCUCAUUAAAAUUCAGAUUUGUUGUUUCCAUGUUUUUUGUCAGUCAUACAUUUGAAUUUUUUUGUGCUGUGAAGAGCUAAAUUAUAGGAUAGGAUAUUCUAUUUGGAAAUAAAUUGGUGACAAGUAAUAGAAAUGGAUGGUGUCCUGAUCUGAAGUGUGAAGGAAAGACUGGUACAUGUGCUCCUGUGCUUGAGGAGUCUGCUUUACAGCACUGAGCAGUGCUAAAAGGGAGUGGGAUGAUGAUUCAUAAUUUCUCUUAGCUAUUUUCCUAUCUCUUUCCCCUAGGGUAAAUCUGCCUGAGAAUGGAAUAAUCUGAAUUCAUACUUGUUCUGGAAAUAGAACAGUAUUUGAACUGUUGAUGUUUUUGCAACAGAUAAGGAAAGUAAAAUGUACCUUGCUUUGUAAUACAAUUUAAAUCCCAGAAUCUUUUCAUUAAUUGAUUUGCUAUGAAUUACAGUAUUCUAGAUGAUCUUCUUCAGAAGACUGUGUAGUGGUAUAGGUCUGAGCAUGCCCAGAAGCAAAGGUUUUGUUCCUUGUUUGCUUGUAACAUUUUGCAGAUACAAAUUUACUCAUUCCUCUAACAGAACAAAUCUUUUAAUAAAAUAAAGACUGAAUUUG